AUGAGGUUCGCGGAUCUCGCCAUUGACCUGGCCGCGGUGCUGAGCGUCUCGCGAUCCGUCGCCGCUAAGCACGUUGCGCUCCGUGGGCGGCAGCUGCAGCGCUACCGCGGCGUCGUCGACCUCGAAAACAAGGCGCGGGCCGCGGCCGCGGACGUUUCCGAGCAGAUUAACACCCAAUUGCACUCGAUCAAGACCGACAUCAGCAGUGCCAAGUCUGACGCGCCGAGAACAGAGCCCCCGCCGGCGGCGCCUCCGCGACCGGAGACAGCAACAGAGAGCAGAUAUGCGCAGGCGUCGCGCGAGCUCAACGCCGCGGCAAAGGCAAAUGCAGAGGAGAGCUCAGAUAUCCCUGGAGGCAUCGACGUCAAUAUAUUUCAUACGGCGCGAGGGUCGCAGAUUCUGGACUCGGUGCGCAAGCAGCGGAGCAAGCAGGCGGCGGCUUCGGCUGGUGGACCGGCAAAGGAACAUCCGUUAAGGCACUGGGGGAACGCUCCUCCUAUUAUACAGGAGCCUAUUGUUGUCAAGACUAGAUCUUCGCCAAAUACAGGGACAAUUAGGCCGCAGGAGCCAGGUUCGGAACCCGUCGUCGUCAAAACGCAACAGUCGUCGCAUACAGAGUCGAUUAAGCCAAAGAAUUCAGCGUCGGUGCCAGUGUCGGAGCCCCCAUCAGUUGAGCCAGAAGUGGCAGCAGCACCAACCUCGGAGCAGCCCACCGUCGAAGCCAUUGCAGAGACGAUAACGGGAAGCGACUCUCGGCCUGCCUACCAGCUCCGAGAAUCCAGCGUCCCCUCCUCACGCGUCAGCCGCUUGUGGAAUUAUGGCGGUCUCGCCGCCGGCAUGUUUGGCGGCGCCAUCUCAGAGAGCGUCAGCAGGGCGUUUGGUGGCGGCGGCCAGGGCAGCGUGCUGCUCAGCAGCGGCAACAUGGAGCGGCUCGUGGCCAAGCUGUCGCGGAUGCGCGGCGCGGCGCUCAAGCUCGGGCAGAUGAUGAGCUUCCAGGACUCCAAGAUGCUGCCGGCGCCGAUCCAGGAGGUGCUGCAGCGCGUGCAGGACCGCGCCGACUACAUGCCGGCGUGGCAGCGCGACCGCGUCCUUGCGGCUAACCUCGGCCCGGCGUGGCGCGACCUGUUCUCCGAGUUUGAGGAGACGCCGAUUGCGGCGGCCUCGAUUGGCCAGGUGCACAAGGCGCGGCUGAAGGCCAACGACCGCCGCGUCGCCGUCAAGAUUCAGUUCCCGGGCGUCGCCGACUCCAUCAACUCGGAUCUCGACAACCUCGGCAUCCUACUCACGGCGACCAAGCUCCUCCCGCGGGGCCUGUACCUCAACAAGACCAUUGACAAUGCAAGGCUAGAGCUCGGCUGGGAGUGCGACUACGAGCGCGAGGCCGAGUGUGCCGUGCGCUACAAGGAGCUGCUCGCCGGCGAGCAGGAUGUGUUUGAGGCGCCGACCGUGUACCGCGAGGCGUCGGGCAAGCAGGUGCUGACCAUAGACUUUCUCGACGGCGUGGGCGUCACGCGCGUGCAGUCUUUCACGCAGGCGCAGCGCGAUUGGAUCGGAACGCAGAUUCUGCGGCUGUGCCUGCGCGAAAUUACCGAGUUCCGCUUCAUGCAGACGGACCCCAACUGGACCAACUUUCUCUACAACGCGGCCACCGACAAGCUCGAGCUGCUCGAUUUUGGCGCCUCGCGCGAGUACCCCGAGGAGUUUGUCCGGCAGUACGUGCAGCUGCUGGCGGCCGCGUCGCGGUCGGACCGCGACGCCGUCAAGCAGCUGUCGGAGAGCCUGGGCUACCUGACGGGCCACGAGAGCAAGGCCAUGGUUGACGCGCACACGCAGUCGGUGCUGACGCUCGCGGAGCCGUUCCUCGCGUCCGCGCCCGCCGUGUACGACUUUCACGAUCAGACCAUUACCGAGCGCGUCAAGGCCCUGAUCCCCGUCAUGCUGCAGGAGAGACUGGCGCCGCCGCCCGAGGAGACGUACAGCCUGCACCGCAAGCUGAGCGGCGCGUUCCUGCUCUGCGCCAAGCUCGGUAGCAAGGUCCGCUGCCGGGAAAUGUUUGAAAAGGCUGUGGCAAAGUCGGGCUAUAUCUAG